AGUUCAUCAACACAUCAAUCCUUUCCUCUCCCACAUCCCCCCCUCAACUCUAGACCAACUUGAACCCAUCUGCUGAAGCUCGCUUUUCAUCAUGGGUAUCCGGUUUUCCAACUGGGUUGCUCUGUCCAUUGUGUUUCACAAUACUCUCACAACUGCUCUCGUCGUACCUAGAGCCGCGUACAGCGGAUAUGGCCAGCCCUAUGGCACUGGAAACACCUACCCGACUACAGCAGCCGCGUCAUCUUCCACAGCUUCUCAGGCUUCAUCCCUUGGUAUGUCCUGUGUUACCUCCGGGACCACAACCGUAACGCUAUCAGGCUCGAGCAUUGUGCCGCUGGCUUCGAUAACUGGCACCUAUCCUAUCGCGAGCGGCCCUACAACCUAUGGCGAGAAUGAAGCAAAUCCAUGUCGACGUGCCACAUCUAACAAGACCGCAGGUUGGCCAUCGGCCCAUUCCCCAAGCUCAAUCGUAUCGAGCAGCAUUGUGGAUUACCCCGUCAACCCCUCUGUACCACCUCCUGAGAAUCCCGCGACUUUAGACUAUCCUGCUGUCACUCCUACUUCGAAUGUGGCUUCGUCUACUGGUGGCGGACAUGGCCCUUCCCCUGCGCCUGUCCACCCGCACCCAAGUAAACUUGCAAGCAGUGCAUAUCCGGAGAUUACCGUAACUCCAAGUACCUACAAAACCCCCAUACCGUAUGCACCCAGUUACGCGGCAGGAUCACCAGCACCCUAUCCGACCUCCCCGCUCAAUCUUGAAGGGGGACAGGUAUCACACAGUGCAGGCCCAGGUAGCACUUCACCGACUCUCCAUGUACCGAUUCCGACAGGAAAUGUUACAUCGAAGCUCCCUUAUGGAACGGGGUAUCUGACGUCAAGCACCGUGCUGCCGUAUCCGGAAGAAAGCGAUACUUACUCAUCGCAACGAUCUGCCACAUCAUCUGCAACAGGUUCGUUGAUUAGCACAUCAUGAAGUCGUAUCAGGAUGUGUCGCUGACGUUGUUAAUUGCCCCAGUCCAUCCAACACCAUCCCCAGCUCUUCCCGUCUCGUCGGCACUAUCUUCAGCCCCUCCUGGUUAUUCGGCAUCGCCCUCGGUCCCUCUCGUGUCAUCGGCGUCAUCUUCAGGCGCUCCUGUCUAUUCGGCAACACCGGCUCUUCCUGUCACCUCAACACUCUCCUCAGCCUACCCUGUUUCGCCAGCAUCGUCUUCUUCCCCGCCCAUGUACUCGGUACCAUCUUCAGCCCCCCCAGGCUAUCCGACAUCGCCUUCGGGUCAUUCUACCCCUUCGACGUCGCUUUCUGCACCUCCUAUGGAUCAGACAUCAUCGUCAGGCUUU